AACCCAACUUCGAGGACUCCGUCGUCGACAAUCUCACUCUUGCGCCGUCACUCGUUCCCACUCGACACCAACUAUCACUCGAGCCAAUUAUCCGCUGCAACGACUAAUUAAUUCCUGCCCUCUCCCUCAACCGCACUCUUCCUCUUUUAACACACUGGUGUACUCUAGCAUACCAGAUCUUGCUCAACAGCAUCACGACUCACGAUGGCUCCAAUAAUGAGCCUAAUGGCAGCAAUGCUAGGACCAGCCCCUCUUCCCUCCAGCUCUGGCCGUAGGGUGCAGCGUCGCGCAAGAAACUCUGGAGCUCAAGCAGAAUCCGACCCCGAAAGCAUGAUCAGAGAAUCGAUGGAGGCCUUCGAACUGAUCGACAUGUGUCGCGAGCAAGGCAUAUGUUACUGCAAGCACGGUCUGACCUACAGUGACCAUGCAAAGGAUCGACGUAUCCUCGAGCGUAUCAUCCACGAAGCCGGGGAGAAGAAGCCCCGCCUCUACCUCCACUGGUCGGUCGAAGAACUCAAGAACGAAGUCAAGUUGCGCAACAUCAAACUACCCAAGAAACGCACGAGACUUGCUAUUGUCGGCAUCCUGGAGCACUCCAAUCCCUACCACACCUUCCGUCUCAUGGACCCACCUGCCGAAGUCCGUCUGCGCAUCUACGGCAUGGCACUUGAUGAUGGUAGAGGCGAGGAUCUGAGCCCUCACGACGUUAUCGAGCCUGCUCUUCUCCUCACAGCUCGCAAGAUACGCUCCGAGGCCAUUCCUGUCUUCUACGGCCUAAAAUACCUCCGCUUUGGUGUGCCCUCCAGCGUGUAACUCAAGGACAUGAAGCCCGGAGGGUAUUUCUCACUCGGCGACAAGGCUUGGCUGGGACACGUCGGCCCCGACAAGAUCAGAUACUUGCGCCACAUCUCCUUCCGCAUGACUGAGCUAUUCGACGAGUUCGAUUUUCACAUCGAUCUCGCCAGUCGUUCCGCCAGCGCCUGGCGCAUCCCCUUCGGCAACGAGGUCAUGUGCUGCCCAUGCGCACGUCAGGAAAAGUGGACGCUGACGCAGUGGCGCGAGCACAU